AUGGGAGAGAAACUUUGCCCAAAUUGCAACUCAGCAUUGGAGCUGGUUCCAUGUCGAGGCCACAGCGGUUAUCCCGUGACAAACUUCUGGAGGGUAGACGGAAAAGCCAUAUUUUUCCAGGCUAAAGGAGUCCAUGAUCACCCGCGUCCAGAGAGCAAGUCGGAGACGGAGGCGCGCAGGAGCGCAGUGAAGAGGAGGAUGUCUUCUCCACACUUCUCACAGAAACGCAGGCUGGUGGAGUCAGAGACGGGUCGUUAUGACAUACCCUUCAGCAACCUGCACCAGCUGCCCUGUGUGGACGGAUCGGAUCGCUUCAACCUCCUGGAGCCCAACUACCCCCUGCAGACGCAGCACUACCCCCCCUUCCAGAACCCGGAGCCCUACAAGUUUGCCUACGACUCCAUGCCCGAGCCCCCCUCCUCCCUGCAGAAGGCGGCCAACCCCAGGCUCUACAUGACGCGCCCACACUAUGACUUCCCUAUGCCGCCGGGCUACCGGGGCCCCAGCCCCUACACAGCCCUCUAUAAGGACCCUGCCAGCCCGCCGUCGGAAACCGAGCCCAGCAAAACCGGCGCUGGCCUGACUGGGUCGACCCACAGCGCAAGCGCCAUUAGCAGUCACGAGCGAGGCUACGACACCUCUGCCAAACUGGGUGGCUGGAAGCAGAUUUUGGGCAAGGGGGCGUACGGGGAGAGGGGCGAGUACGGGCAGCUGCCCGCCAACGCCAACCACCACUACUACAACAGUGAGUACCCGUGCAGGUACACGGGACCCGCACCGACCACGCCCGCUGCCCUGCAGACCAUCAUCACCACCACCACCAAGGUCUCCUACCAGCCCUGCCCCAAGCCCUCCGUCGUAAAGUAUGGAGAGAACCUCUACGACGUCAAGGGCAUCCCCAACUGCAACGUGAUGCUGGAUGAUGCCGCGCCCACCCCUUACUCCGACCUGAAGAUCUCCGAGGACUCGGGCGUCAUCAAGUCGGCUCUAUCCUACCAGGACACGCUGCCCGCAAAAAUCGAGAGGGCGGAAAAUUUAGACUCCUUCCGCUACGGCAGCUACUCCACCAACAACUACCCAGAGAGGGUGAGCCACCCAUUCAGGUACGACGGUGGGGAGUACUGACUUUGUGAGAUAUGGAGCAAAAGAGACAAAUAGAGGAAAAGAGAAAGAAAGAGAGAGAGAGAGAGUGAGAGAGACGUGUAAAAACAAAGACUGAUGAUGUAGCUGAAUCCACACAAGCCAAAGAACACUUUGACAUGAGCAAGUUUGGCUCCCCUUAAACAGGUCUGUAAAUACUUUUUGUUAUUUAUGAACAGUGUCGCAGUGAUAUAGUGGGAUUCUUUUAGUUUAAAAAUGAAAUAGAAGUCUUGAUAUAUAUAGAUAGUAUUGAUGUUUAAAAAACAAUAUAA